AGCAUCCAAAGACAGAGCUAUUUGAAGCACGUGCCAGACAUGAGACCCUAUGGCGCUAGGGCUGCAAACUCAUCCAAACCGAGUGCCUUCAUGGAGCCAGAGGCCGCCACUCGCUCUAUCCGGUCAGCGCUCACAAGCGUCUCUGCGAACAAAGCACUUCGCAGCCGGCGUGCUGGCAGGCUUGAAGUGCGUACAGUCCGGCUAUCGGCUGCGAAGACCUUGCAGAGCCACAACAUGCCGAAAGGUUGUACAUGACAUACCUGUGGACACCAAGAUUUUCUUCUGCAUCCUUGCCCGCGGCAGCAACUCCAAAGAUGCGUGGCCAAAGACGCCUCGAGGGGCUGCCGAGCUGGGGAAUACACGGGAUGAUAUUGCGCGGUCCAUUAUAGCAGCACUGACAAGUCACAGAAAUGUUGCAGGCAACGACUCGGCAGUGGUGCUGGUUUUUGAGGACACACGAAGGACGCAAAGCAAGAUGUGGUGGGUCUUGCGCAAAGAUUUUUUGGAGGAUUUGCCGGUGAUUGCAGAGUACACCGUGCUUCGAAGGUGCCAAGUACUUGCAGAAUUCAUGCAUGCACAGGAGUCUGCAAACAGCCCAGUACUUCAGAUGGCUGAAGCAAGGCCACCUGGAGCAAUGCUGUUCCCCAGCAGCAGCCUGGAAGCAACAGCUGAGGCAUUUUUCAACAGCCUCGGGGCCAAAGACUCUGCGUUAGUGCUACUGGAUGAGAACUUCUCCCCACUGCCAGUGGCAGCAGAUGUGGGCAAAGGAGAUGACCCGCAACUUCAACGUGUAGUUUUUUUGCUUGGCUUAAGGGAACAGCUGAGCGAUGAGCAGUUGGAUGCUUUCACGAGAGGAGCAGAGCGUGCAGCCUGGAAGAUCUUGCGCCGAAGCAUGGGAUGGGUGGCCGAGUUCACCUCAAAGAUCGUGGCACGAUUGCAGGUGCUGCACAACUGCAAGCAGCUGCUUCCUGCUUUGAGCCUUACUGAACAGAAGGAAUUCCCGGUCUCGCUUGGCUGGCCAUGUCCACGAAGUCGAGAAGGAGAGCUAUUCAUCCGCGAUGGACCAUUGGUGCACUUCGUUCUCCCAGCAGAUUUGAGGUUGGAUGACUUGUCUUGCGAUCCCACGAGUCCCAUGGCUGGUGCCUGCAGCCUGAUAGCAAGAAGCUGCAUCGCAGGGCUUUGGCGAGCACACCAUGCCUGGGAUAGAUGCCGCUUGUCAUUUGCCUUCAAUGAUGGAGCCGUGGUCACAGUUACUCGACGCUUGAAGGGCCGAUUCCAGGGCAAGCGACAGAUGGAGUACCAUGUCUUGAGGGAGAUGCGACGGCUUGUUGACCACGCCUUGCAGCAGGGGCCAACUGCCAAAACUGCUACACCUGGAAGGAAGGCUGUAGCAGUCCAGUUAAAAAGUGGUGACUUGUUGCCCGACUUGCCAUACAGGAAGGAUGGGACCAUUGAGCUACACCUCCAUUCACAUCAUUCACAUUGCUCGACUGACCUUGCAGAGAUAGAUCCGACGGCGCCAAGGCUGGCUGAAGACAUCCUGCAGGUUCUUUGGGAUCCGAUUCCGCGUGAAGAUGGACAACCUAGCUGUAUGAUUUUGCUAUGCUAUUUGGGUGUGGCAAGGUGCUGGAACUUCCAGUCUAUGCGCAAUCAGUAUGCAGCAGGUCUUCGUGGCUGCAGCACUGAAGAGCCUUUCGCGGCGCUGACCUCUUUGCAGAGCGCGCUGCUGGGAGAAGAUGGUUCUGGGGUUGUGUUGCUGUCACAACUGCUCGUCCCGUUGCAAAAAUGGCCCGGAAGCUUCAUGGACAUGCCCUCCUUAUCGGAACGGCCCAAAUGGGAACUGAGCCCAGUGCAGCAGCUGAAAGUCGCUGCGUAUCGCCGUGACCUGGGCAACGCUGAAAUGCGUCAAGGCCACCCGGAGAAGGCCUUCACACUUUACAAGAAUGCCCUCUUCAUGGUAGAGUUUGACGAGGAUUUCGAGGAACACAGUGAUGAGGAAGACGCAGAUCAUCAUGAGCUGCCGCCGCUGGAAGAUGUUCAUGCAGAGCGCGUACGAUGCUUGAGCAACUUGGCUGCGGCAUCCCUCGCUGCGUUGGACGAGACCAGGGAGGAACCCAGCAUUGAGGGCUACGCAGGCAAAGCAAAGAGAUAUUCACAAAGAGCACUGAAGCUGAAGAAAGAUGAUGCCAAACUGUGGUUCCGGAAAGGCAGGGCUGAACUUUUGCUUGGAGAGAUAUCCACAGCUGCAACCAGCUUUGCCGAAGCAGCUCGCAUGUCGCCACAGGAUCCCAAUGUCCGGAAGUAUUUGCAAGAGGCACGUGCAGCUUGCCAAGCAGAGCGUAAUGCCUGCCGAUCCAUGGAAAAAGCCAUGAGCGACACAAGUAGUUGGGUUGAUGAUCUGCAAGAAACGUCCAGGAAUCAGCUGAAGCCAAAGAAGGAAUAUGCUUCAGAAGAGGAGCGGAAAGCCGACAUUGAGUACAACAAGCGGCAGCUGCUGUAUCACUUUGAAAAGGCCAAAGUAAAGCCUGAAAGUGACUGUGAGGAGCAAGAUGAAGAGCUGGAACUAAAAGGAUGA